GCUCGGGUCAGUCGAGCGGUUGGUGAGUGUCCAGCGAUGGAAGGUGAUCGGUGUUGUGUGAACGGUGAGGGCGGGGGGAACCAAUCGUGGCGGUAGUGGUCCGGGUGGAAAUGAGUCGAGAUACAGCAUGGAAUAGGUCUUUCGAGCUUCAUCACCCAGCAAACCCUGAUUUAACCCUAACCUAAUCACGGGACAAUUUACAAUGACUAAUUAACCUACUCAAUACGUCUUUGGACUGUGGGAGGAAACCAGAGAACCCGGAGAAAACCCAAGCAUUCCAUGGGGAGGAUGUACAGAGACUCCUUAGAGAGGCGUCAAGAUUGAACUCCAAACUCUGACACCCUGAGCUGUCAUAGUGUUGUGCUAACUGCUAUGAUACUGUGGCACCCACAUUCAAUAUUGAGCCCAGAUUCCUAGUAGAUAUGAAGUUCACUAAUAUGGAGUCAAUAUUGUCACGGAGGAACCAAAGUUGGUAGCUCUCAAAAAGAUGUGGUACCUCAGGAGGUAUUUUAAAUGUCCUUAAUUGGAGAAGCGAAUCUUGUGGUGUGGAAUGAGUACUGGUUGAGAAUGUUUAAUGCUCUGAAAGAGCUAUAUGGAGAUUUUGCCUCACUUCAAAAGUAAACUGUUGACUACCAAUCUGGAUUUUAAUUACCUACUGAAGAAUUGUUUUUUGAGGAAGAAAAAGAUGCUAAUUAUUGUACCAGACUAAUUCUAGAAAACCAAGGCAGAAACAGAAAUGGGAACAAAUUUUGGAGUUCAAGCUUGAUUGAGCAAAGAAAAGGGUUCAGAAACCCAACAUUCAAUUAGCAAACCUGUUUUUCCUCUACUAGCAUUCAAAGCAUUGAACUGUGAAGAAAUGGCUGUGAAUAUUAGGGUGAUGAUAUUGACGCUGUAUGCACUGUCUACACUCUUCAGACAAGCUGAUGGCCACAGUAUGUUUGCCUGUGAGCCUAUUUCUCUCAGAAUGUGUCGUGACCUGCCUUAUAAUAUGACUUUUAUGCCAAAUCUUCUAAAUCAUUAUGACCAACAGACAGCAGCCCUGGCAAUGGAGCCAUUCCACCCUCUUGUAAACUUGGAAUGUUCCCAAGACCUUCAGCCAUUCCUCUGUGCAAUGUAUGCUCCGAUUUGCACUGAAUAUGGGCGAGUUACCUUGCCAUGCCGUAAGCUGUGUCAACGGGCAUAUGUGGAGUGUCAUAAACUAAUGGAAAUGUUUGGUGUAACGUGGCCAGAAGAGAUGGAGUGUGUAAAGUUUCCAGAUUGUGAUGAAGGGUAUCCACGGCAAGCUGACUCUGUUUUGGAUGGUGACCCCACAGAAGAAGCCCCAGUGGCUGUUCAGAGAGACUAUGGCUUCUGGUGCCCAAGGGAAUUGAAAAUCAAUCCAGAACUUGGCUACUCCUUCCUUGGAGUCACAGAUUGCUCACCCCCUUGCCCAAAUAUGUAUUUUAGACGUGAAGAACUAUCCUUUGCCAGGUACUUCAUUGGGGUGAUAUCCAUUGUCUGCCUGUCUGCCACACUCUUUACUUUCCUCACGUUCCUCAUUGAUGUGAAACGGUUCCGCUAUCCAGAGCGCCCAAUCAUCUUUUAUGCAGUCUGUUACAUGAUGGUUUCCUUGGUGUUUUUUAUUGGCUUUCUUCUUGAGGACACAGUUGCCUGCAACAGAAAUGAUCCUUCUGUUUACAAAGCAUCGACAGUAACACAAGGUUCCCACAAUAAGGCAUGUACUAUCCUGUUUAUGGUUCUGUACUUCUUCACAAUGGCCGGCUCCGUGUGGUGGGUCAUCCUCACCAUAACAUGGUUUUUAGCUGCUGUUCCCAAAUGGGGCAGUGAGGCAAUAGAGAAGAAAGCCCUGCUGUUCCAUGCAAGUGCCUGGGGGAUCCCAGGAACACUCACCAUCAUCCUCCUUGCCAUGAACAAAAUCGAAGGGGACAACAUCAGUGGUGUGUGCUUUGUUGGACUAUACAAUGUUGAUGCACUACGAUAUUUUGUCCUGGCUCCGUUGUGCCUGUACGUGGUGGUGGGAGUUUCCUUGUUACUCGCUGGUAUAAUAUCACUGAACCGCGUGCGGAUUGAAAUCCCAUUGGAGAAAGAGAACCAGGACAAGUUGGUGAAGUUCAUGAUCCGUAUUGGUGUGUUCAGCGUUCUCUACCUCGUACCACUCCUUAUUGUGAUUGGAUGCUAUUUUUAUGAGCAAGCGUUCCGUGCUGUUUGGGAGACAACAUGGAUUCAGGAGCGAUGUCGUGAAUACCACAUUCCCUGCCCUUACCAGGUAACACAAGUGAGCCGUCCUGAUCUUAUACUCUUCCUGAUGAAGUACCUGAUGGCUCUGGUGGUUGGCAUCCCAUCCGUGUUCUGGGUCGGCAGCAAGAAAACCUGUUUUGAAUGGGCCAGCUUCUUCCAUGGGCGCAAGAAGAAAGAUUCUGUUAAUGAGAGCUGCCAAGUUUUGCAGGAACCAGAGUUUGCGCAGUCUCUGCUAAGAGAUCCAAACACCCCCAUCAUCCGUAAGUCUCGAGGCACCUCCACCCAAGGAACGUCCACACAUGCCUCUUCCCAGCAACUGGCCAUGGAUGAUCAGAGGAGCAAGGCUGGCAGUGUCCACAGUAAGCUCAGCAGUUAUCACGGCAGCCUUCACAGGUCGCGGGACGGCAGAUACACACCCUGCAGCUUCAGAGCUCUGGAUGAGCGGUUGGUUCAUGGCAGUCUUCCAAGGCUGAACGAUCAGUCACGGCAGAGCAGCCUGCACCGUCUCAACGAGCAGUCCCGGCACAGCAGUGUCAGAGAUCUGACGAACCCAGCGACGCACAUCACCCAUGGCACUAGCAUGAACCGAGUCAUUGAGGAAGACUGUACAAGUGCCUAAGUGGUGCCUCAGCGUCAAAGGCAAAAUAGUUUACAAAGAAAAAAUCAAUAUAACUGGAGCCAGAAAGAUCAGCAACCAAACACAAGGAGAUUUCAAAUGGCCGCUUGGAGAAACUUGUUUGGAAGCAUAACAACUGUUGUAAAUUUCAAAGGGAAGGAAGAUUACAAGCUGGUGGACUUAUUCUCAACGUUGUUCAUAAAAAUCCAGGAAUAGGAAUAUUGAUAGCUCUCGGUUUUUAUAGCCUUGUUGUGACAUCUUCACAUAUGUAUUCUUGAUGCAGAAAUUGAUUGUAAAGACAUUGACCAAUACCCCAUUUUGGAAGAGAAAAGGGUAAAUGUUUGGAUUCUCUUUUAUUUAUAGCUGAACUGGAAAGACAGUAGCAUAUCUGUUAGUUUUCAAGGUACACAUCUCAAACAGAUAGAAUCCUAUUGUUGAAAAUAGGAUUUAUCAUAAAGAUCAAGUCAUGUAAUAUUGUGUAGAAGUAUGUUGCAUUUACUUGAAAUAAGCUUGGUUUAGAGAAGAGGUUAGUGCAAGAUCCAUAGCCACUAUUCAUGUCAGGUCAUUGCAAUGCUACCUCAUAGCAUCCUGUCUUAAUUUUUUUGGAGAGGAAACAUCAUUCAGCUAUUUGGGCCAAUUUAUUAAUCACAGCAUUAUUCUAUUGAUUAACUCGUGCAUUGCACUUGAUGGGUGUUGGGCAGGUUGAUUUGUGAACAGAUGUUAGGCGCAUGAUGUUAAUUCAGUAAAAAUUGAUGACUUAAUGUCAUAAUUAUAUUGAUAUCACAGGUUGGUUACCUGCAGCAGAUACUAGGGUUCCAGUAAUCUAUGGUAAUGCUUGAUCUAAUGGCCACCACCAUUCCUGAAUCCCGGCUUUAAAAUAACAUCUGGAUGAAUGGAUUCUGCAUCUGCUGGGAUUGGGAUCUUCAUCUCCACUGGUUAAUAGCAACUUUGGGUUUAUUGGGUUUACUACCUUGUUGAUCUUUUGCUAAUGUCUAUCCAAACCAAGUUUAAUCUUCAAUUGCAGCUUCUCUGGAAUGAAUUCAGACAAGGUUUUAAAAAGUAAAAUCUGUUUAAGGUCUUGCAGUCUUCUCUCCUGUUGACCAAUUAACUGAGCCACAGUUCAAUUAGGUGCUUUCAAAUAUUUGUCAGUAUUUUCACAAAGGUGCUAGCUGUAUAAUUAAACCAUACCCCUGCUCUGUAGCCUAAACUUUUCUCAUUGUAAAUGUCACUGCAUAGCUCAGUGACAGGUCUCCUAUUUCUGAUUCUGAAAGUUUAAGCCCUACUCCAGGGUCUGCACCAAUCUGGAACAUCAUCACUGACUGCUGGUUUGGUAAUGGUUCCAUCUUUUGCAUGAGACAUCAGUCCAGAGCUCCACACAUGAAAGUUGCUGGUGAACACAGCAGGCCAGGCAGCAUCUCUAGGAAGAGGUGCAGUCGACGUUUCAGGCCGAGACCAUUCGUCAGUCCAGAGCUCCAUCUGCUUUCUCAUCUUGGCCAAUACUUGGCCUCCUCAUCUAUUAUAUAGUUGUGUGCAAAUUACUUGUUGCAAUUCUUACAUUGCAACAGUGGCUACCAUUUCAGGAAUAUUUAUUUUAUUUUAUGGCCUUGCGGUUGAGGAGGCAUCAUGUGUCUGCAAGUUUAUUUCUUUCUAGGUAGACUAAUGGUCUUAAUUUCAAAAGUGUGGUUAAUGUACCUGUAGUGAAACAACCAAGAAGUAUCUCAGCAAGAUCUGAGUCUAUCACUUGUUUGUGAUCUGGGCUAGAUACUGGUGUCCCUUGCAAUUAUAAUUCCUCCAUAUUUCUGAAGGGAUAGUUAACCUUGGAUGAGUUGAGGAUUUGUUCAUAAUAUAUUUAGGAGAGAGAGACCCAGAUAUAGUCAGCUUUAUCAGAGCACUUAUCUGAAGCUAGAGGGUUCUUAAUGGUUUUGACAUUCUUAAUUCUCUCUUCAUGUGCUUGUCUAGAAUCACUGCUUUUUUCAGCUUAUCUGAAAUCCAAAUUCUAUAGUUCAUGGCAUUCCCAAAAGAAUCUUCUCAAUUUCAUCUACUUGUGUUUCCUCCUCCCAGUCAGAGUAAGGAUGGAGGUUGCCCUCUACCAGCUUCUGUAUUUCCAUGAAUAAUAUUGUGUAGCUUCCAGCACUCAACUUCCUCUGCCAUUCCAGCUUAGUACUGCAAAGGGACCGAUGUUUCUAUGACUUUCUGGUUUGCUCAACCAUCUCCACUUCUUGUAGCACUUUUCCAUUGAGCCGCAUGAGAUAAAACACCAGUUCUUUACCUCAUCCUAUCCUGCCCACCAGGAAUCCAAACUGUCUACCGAAGAGAAGCCACAGUUCACAUGCAUCUCCAAUUUAAUGUAUUGCCAUCAGUGCUCACGGUAGCUCACCUACUUUGGAAAGACUGAACAGAGAUUGGAUAACUGCUUUGCAGAACACCUCAGUUAAAUUCGAGGUGAAUCUGAAAUCAAAUGACUGGAGGAACUCAGCAGGUCAGGCAGCAUUUAUGGAGAGGAAUAAACAUUUGACAUUUUGGGCUGAGACCUUUCAACAGGACUCAGUCACCUGUUGCUUCAAUUCUCCAUCUCAGUCCAAACCUGCUCUGUCUUUGCCCUCUGAUGCUUUAGCAGUGUAAGUUAAAGGAACAAUUUGUCAGCUUCCAGUUGGCACAUGGGGCUCUCUGGAUUUGAUAUUGAAUCUAGCAGUUUCAGUUAACUAACUGACCUGUUCUGAUGUAAAAUCAUCCUCCAAAAAUAAUAAUUUUAGUUUUUUCUGCAUUCCUUUAUUUUAAUUUCCAGCAAUGAGUAUACCACAAUUCCAGCAUGUUUUUUUUUCUUCUUUUACAUUCAUUGAUCUAUUAAUUAACACCACUCCAACCUGAUAGCAUGAACAUUGAUUUCUCUAAAUUCCUAUAAUUACUCCUCCCACUUCUCUCUUUUUCCAUUCCUCAUUCUGGCUCCCCUCUUACUCUUCCUUCCCUUUCUCCAAUGAUCUACUCUCCCUUCCUAUCAGAUACCAACCUUCAGCCCUGUACCUUUUCCACCUAUCCACUCCUAGCUCCUUACUUUAUCUCCCCUCCCUUCCUGCCUCCCCUCAUCUUAUUUUGGCUUCUCCAUCCUUUCCAGUCCUGAUGAAGAGACUCAGCCUGAAACAUCAACUGUUAAGUCUGCUCCAUGGAUGCUGCUGACCUAAUGAGUUCUUCCAGAAUUAUGCGUGUAUUGAGAAUGCACUAUUUUGUUUUGAGCUGAAGUCAAAUCAAUGUUCACAGAUUUUCUUUGAGGUUACUGGAGAUCUGAUUUCUUCUUUGAUGGCAAAGGCUGAAUAGCAACAUUUUUAUUUCCUCAGUGACCUGAACUCAUAAAAAUGUUUCUUCCACUGAUUUACAAGGACAAUUUCUUCCUACUUUUCACAAGUUAAUGCUACUCAGCAUUUAAGUCUUUAUUACCACUGUGAUCACAAGAUCUUUAUUUUUUAUUUAGCAGUACAGCGCAGAAUAGACCUUUCCAGCCCUUCAAGUCACACUGCUCAGCAACCCCUGAUUUAAACCUAACCUAAUCAAAGGACAAUUAACACUGUAUCAAUUAACCUACUAACUGGUACAUCUUUGAACUGUGGGAGGAAACUGGAGCACCCGGAGGAAAUGCGCAUUCCAAGAGAAAGUCCUUGCAGCGGACACUGGGAUUGAACGCCAACACUCUAAGCUGUAAUAUUGUUGUGCUAACUGCUACAUUCUCGUAGUGCCCGGCUCAUAAGAUCCUGUUUUCUUUCAUGACUAAGUGAUUAACUUGAUAAAACUGUCCCAUCUAUUUAAGUGUGCCCAAGAAAUUGUACUAACCACUCUCAUCCAAGAUAGGCACCAUGUGCAGCAAUCCUUUGCUCUUCUAGUGUCUCUCAUCCCAACUUCUGUUUCAUUGAUAAUUUUUCUUUGCCCCAAAGAUAAAGUUUAAAGAAGUUCCUAACAAAUCAAGGCUUGAUAUAUUUAAAAGACAUAUAAAUGAAAAGGCACAAUAUUUCAAAAUCUUAGAAUUUCAAAAGGGAACUAUCAAAAGGACUUGAAAGACAUUUGGACAGGUACGUGAAUAUGAAAAGCUUUGAGGGAUGUGGGCAAAUGGGACUGGCAUCUUGAUUGACAUGGAUGAGUUGGGCUGAAGGGCCUGUUACUGUGCUGUCAUUGUAUGAUUCACUGGAGAAAUUGUUCCUAAUCGUUCCUCAUAAUUUAAACCUAAUCAAGCUUUAAUGAAAACACUAGAAUGAAUGUGGAGCUCUGAAACAUGCUGUAUUGCUCUAUCAUUUGGUGAACUGAUUAUAUAUAGACUUGGGCUGAAAACAGUAGUUGAGAUUAACUAUGCAAACACGAGGAAAUCUGCAGAUGCUGGAAAUUCAAGCAACACAUACAAAAAAUGCUGUUGAACGCAGCAGGCCAGGCAGCAUCUAUAGGAAGAGGUACGGUUGAUGUUUUGGGCUGAGACCCUUCGUCAGGACUAACUGAAAGAAGAGGAUUUAUUUAUUAACUAAUUGUGCCACAUACUGCAUCUUCAACACUCAGUGGCUCCCUUGGAAACCAGUGUGCUGCAUCUGUCCUGAUCAUCCUGUGAAGUUGAAUCAACAAAGGAGAGGAACUGCAUUUUAUCAAUUUUGUAAUGGGUGCAUAUCUUCCUCCACAUCUACAACAGUUAUGACAACCCACCUAUUCUAAGGCAUCAUCAAAACUCCGGGCCAACAUAAAUUGCAGUCACCACUACCAUCUUGCCAGCGGUUUGUUCCAGGUUUGGGUUGCUUGCACUGGUGGUGGCUAUGCUCGGUUUAUGAAAUGCUUUUCAUCUCUCGUAAGCAUUUUGUGCAUCACCUGAGACUCUUCACAAUAAAAUGCAAAGAAAGGCAACAUUAACUUGCACUCACCCCAUAAAGAACUUAUUUGUUCUCUAUAGAAUUGUGGCUGGAUGUAUAGUUUGGUAACGUGUCUUGCCCUACCCCACUCCCCAGGUUUAGCACUUUAACUGAGUGUAUAGCUGUUGUGCAGUAGUUGUAAAUUAGAUUAUUUUUAGAGAGCAGUAGAUUUUUAAUAAAAAUAAAUGA